GGUAAAAAAUGAUUGGAUAAAAGUUUUCAGUUGACCAAUCAAAUAUUGUGACACAAAGACAACUUGGUUUGAUUUACAAGAUGGAUGCAAAGUGAAACUAGACCAGAGAAAGAGAUAUUCGAUCACAAUUUAGGAGAAAUGUCAGGCGGUGAAUAUGGUCCAGCUUUACCACCAGGAUUACAAAAGUCUGAAGACAGUGUAAGAGUAGCUGGACCUGAGCUGCCACCGCACCUGAGAAGAACUUCUAAAGAUGAAAUUGGACCAAUCUUCCCUCAGACAGUGGCAGGUCCUAUUGGACCUUCUUUACCUCCUCAUUUGAUGAAAGACCAAAUUAAUGACAAUGAUAUAAUUGGACCAGCAAUGCCACCACAGAUUAAUGAUUCUGAUAGUGACUCUUCAGAUGAAGAAUCAAUAGGUCCAAAACUACCUUUUCAACUUCAAAAUAAGGGAAAUACUCCAAAUAAAUCAUCAGUAAUUGGGCCUUGCUUGCCACCUCAUUUAACAUCCAAUACAUUACAGAGUGCUGGUCCUCAACAGAUUUUAAAGGGAAAUAACUCUGAUAUUGAAGAUGAUACUGAUGUUAUAGGACCAAUGCCAUCUGAAAUGUUAAGAGGAGAUGCCAGUAGAAGUACGGCAGCAGAAAUAGAAUCAAGAGCAAGACAAAUGAGGGACAGACUGGAAGGAAAGAAUAACACAGAAGAAACAAUUUCUCGAGAAUCCUGGAUGACAGAGCUACCAUCUGCUGAGCUAAAUCGGAGUUUAGGUUUACAGGCUCGUACCUUCAGAGCUAAAGCUGGACCAGAUCUGUCAGAUAGAUCAGGAUGGACUGAUACUCCAGCAGACAGGGAAAAGAAAGCAAAAGAAGAAGCAAGCCGAAAACGUCCACAUGAAGAUGUAAGACAGUCAGAUAGUGAUAAACAGAGGUCUAAAGAAAUAAAAAAAUAUAAUAAGUCAAACAGGCCAGAGUCAUUGUUAGAAUUGCAUCAAAAAGAAUUAAAGAAGAACAAGAAAAAGACUGAGGACAAACCAACAGAAAGAAGACCAUUUGACAGAGAAGCAGAUCUACAAGUGAAUAAAUUUGAUGAUGCACAGAGAAAAGCUAUCAUUAAAAAAUCACAGAAAUUAGACAGUAGAUUUUCUCAAGGUGGCUCACAAUUUUUAUGAAAACUUUCACAGAAAACAAUUCUUUUUAUAAUGAUAUUGAAUACACAUUAAAUUAUUUAUAAAUAAGACUGAGAAAAUUA